AUGGACCCGUCCCUGUCCCAGUCUGGCCAGCGUCCACGACCCCCGUAUCCGCGUGCUCCCUCGCGCGCCUCUACCAUCGGCAGCAACACCCGCAGCGUGAGCAGCUCCAACACCUCGCACAUGCAGCCCGCUUCGCCUGCCCAGUCCUUUUCCCACCCUCAGCGAUUCCACUCCACCGCUGCCGCAGCAUCGCCGCGAUCGAGCUCCCGAGCCACACCCCAGCUGUCCCGCGAGGCCAGCGGCGAACUCACCCGCCCUCCCACCAUGUCGACCUUCCUGCAGGAGAAGCUGCAAAAAGAACGCAGAGCUGAAAGCGAGAAGCUUGGCUCCUCUACCUCGUCACGACAUAAUCUCGAUCUGAGCGCCUCCGUCGACCUCGGCCGCGCUGUCAACGAUAGAUCAUUCAGAUCUUCCGACUAUGAGCCCCAACGGCCACAGUCCAGCGCCGGCAUGGAGCCGGCCAAGAAAAAGGGCCUGGGCCUUAAAGAGAUGGAGCAGGCCGUCUCCUCCCUCCACAAACAAAACUUUGACUUGAAACUCGAACUAUAUCAUCGCCGCGAGAGACAGACCAAGAUGGAAGAGCGCCUCGAAGCCCUCGAAGCUGAACAACACGACGCUCAGAAGUUGUCGGAAAAGCUGCUGUCAGAUUUGGACAAGCGUGACAAGGCCAUUGAGGAAGCCGUUAGUAUGAUUAUUGAGCUCGAAGCCAAGGUCGACCAGCUGCUUAAAGAGCGCUCCAUGGUCCAGCACGUCGAGAGCCAGGGAUUCUACGCGUCAACCGAGGCUUUCGAAGAGUAUAACGACUCAAUAGCCAACUCGUCCGCUGUGGACCUGACGCAGCUCAAGGAUCGCUCCAAGACGCCCACUGUCAAUCGCAUGCCCAGCUUCCUAUCCGAUCACAACGCAACCACCGAGAAUCUGAGAAACGUAUACAUUGGAAACCGCGCUAGCAUCAUGAGCCUGCGAUGUGUAUCCGGCGGCUACUCGGAAGCUGAUAAUGCCAUGAUCAACGGCUUAGCCAGCCCCACCCUAAGUGUUCUCAGCGAGAGUUCUUUUGUUAGCAUAUACGGUCAAAAGGGCGGCGAUACAACCGUCGUCCCUGACUUUGAUGAGCCCAUCGCACUGAGCGGCUUUGACGGGAGCUCUCCACUGAUGUCACAAGAAUCACCCCCCAAGGCCCAAGGGAACAACAACCAUUUGCUCACUGCUAGAUACCAACAAGAUUAUAGGCCCGCUACAGUAAAGCCCGUCAAGGAUGGGUUGAGCUACGACUCAUCGCUGCGGCAGCUGGAGAGAAGGGACCCUGGACCGCGCCCUGGCGCAGCAGAUGCUCCCCCUCACCACAUCGUGCGCAGUAAGGAAUCUGGCAGCCAACACCGUACUAGUGGACACGGCUCACCUGCCCGCCGAUCCAUCAAGGAGGAAAAGAGAGCUGCACUGAGGAAAGUAGUGACGGACACUGGCGGUGUUCGCCUAAAUGACCAAACAAUGCCACCGACGCCAGAUACCAUCUCAUCGUCGACAUUGCAACGGUACAAGAACUCCAACGACGACCUCUCUGUGCGUCACCAAACAUCAAACGAGAGACAAAGAAUCUCGUCAAACGAGUCAAGGCAAACGCGAGAGCUUCAGGGCACGGAACAAAGCGGCGGCGUGUCUCUAUCGCAAAAGGAAGCCCCUCGCAACGCACGCAAUCCGCGGCCUGACGCCGACCCAAUGCCUAGCUACGAUCCGUACGGCGCCAAGAACAUCCCCCGACCACGCUCAGCUGGCGAUACGACAAUUUCUCACAAGCGUAACCACUCCUGGGACAGUGACGACUCAGACACCAAGUCGCUACAGUCUAGCCUAGACAUCUGGAUGCGCGAGAGCGGCAAAGCUCCCAAGACCGUGGACCGUGCUUCUCCAGACCUCUUCGGUUUCCCGACGAGCAUGGCCAACGGCGGCUGGGCCGCCAGCUCCCUCUUCGACCCUAAGCAGAGGCUCGGCGCCAUGCCCGGCACAGACUACAUGCACGACUUGCUGUCCUUGCGGGAGGCUCUACUGUCGCCUAACCUGCCGCCUCCGCCGCCUCCUGACAGACGCUCCAGCCUGCACAGCCAGGGACGGUCCGCCUCGGCCAUGCCCACGGUUGACAAGCCGCUCGCCACUGAGGGCACAUGGCAGCCGCCGCCGCCAUCCGCCGCCGACGCCGAAGCAGCCCGGAACCGCCGCAAUAGCGACGCGGCUGAUCUCCGAUCCAGCACUCGCACACCCGUCCAGAGCGAACACAAGCGAGGCAAUAGCACCGCUAGCACCAACCAACAGCAUCCGCCCAUCUCGUGGCAGCAGGGCCCUCGCGCCGGCCUCAAGGGUCUCUUCCGACGCUCCCUCCCCGGUAGUGGCGGGCCGCCAGCUGCGUCCUCGCCCGCCAAGCCCGAUUGCUUUACCGGUGCGCAAGAGACAGAAACAGCUUCAUCAUCAGGAUGGGCAUCGCGCAGCAGUGCCGCCGCGCAGGACUGCGACCGCACCGGGGCUACACCCCCACCGAUUAUGCUCAACAACCCACGACAUGCGGCCCGGCGUAGCUCCGUCUUGGCCGUCGCAUACGAUGGCGGUGCGCCGGCAGCGCCGGCCAUACCGACCGAUGGCCAGUCGCUCCCGGCGGCCGACGCCAUGUCUCAGCACAGCAUCCCUCAUUCGCAGUCGACGAUGGGGACGCGGCGCAAGUGGCUGCCUGGCUUUUCGCGCAACAAGGCAUGA